CCUGGUGACGACUCCAAGUGAUCAGCUGCGGAGAACGAAAGUGCCUGAAGUCUUCUUCUGAUUAUCCUGUAGGGAAUGUGAUGCACCGAACUUCAAGAGAAAAAGGACACAUCACAUGCUGAGGGUCGAUGAUUCGUCAGGGCAAUAGAUCGCAUAUGUAAACUAGUCAUGCUACAAGGGAGGUUCCCUCUCCCUUCCCAAAUCAUCCAAUCACAUCUCGCUCCUUCUCUCCAGCCUUCACCCCAAUCUUCCCCAUGCAAGUGACCCUUCAGUAUCAUCACCAUGGACGAUGACGACAUCUAUGCUGACUUGUCGAUCUACGAGCCCAGUGAAGGUAGCGAGUAUCGUCUGACUGAUGACUCGGACUACGAAAGGACGCCAGCAAGGCCAAAGAAGCGAAGCAGGCCAAGUGCCUCUUCCCGUGCUGUUCCUGAACGCCAGGCAGUAGAUAGCACAGCUGAGAUCCCGAAGUGCAUACGAGAGAAAUGCAAGUUCGACGUUGACAAGCUCCCUCGAACUUCUUCAGACCCAAUUCUGCUGCUGACAGGAGAAGAAUAUAGGGACAAGUGCUGGACUUGUCUUGACAAAGGCUUGCCCUGUGCUAUUCUAUCUCGCGGCAAGAGCUGCGCAGGCUGUUUUGCAAAGCACUUGAGCUGCAAUGCGAAUCGACGUGUGCCUGACUUCCACAACACUUGCUUGCGCUCGCUAUACGAACGAUUGCAAGAGGAUCACUUGAAAACACAGCGAGCCAAAGGGGUCACGACAUGGAGCCCUGUCCCGACCCAUCCUGCCAAGUGGGGUGUCACCCCUCCCACCACCAGUGCCUGGCGCGCAUUGUUUAGCCGCCAUGGUAUCACCAUGCCUGCACACUUCUUCGUCAGAGACGGAGUCUUGAUCACUACUCAUUGGCACCGGAGGCCUUCGCCUGACGCAGUGAGGGGAGCAGGCAAGGCUGUUCCUCACCGAGCAUCCCGUCGAUCAUGGGCCUCGAGGCGAACUAGCAACACAUCCAGCACGGUCCGAAGCGGCACAUCACGAAUCUCGGAGAGGCACGCCCACCUUGCCGGCUCCUUGCGAAUACAGCUGCCUGACCUCGACUCUGCCCUCCCUGAGGAAGAGCCACAGCGCAAGCGAACGUACAAAGUCAAAGCAAGUAAGUCUGUCGUGGCGAGGUCAGGCUCUGCGUCGGUCGCCCCGUCACGACGCGUCGGAAUCCGGGCAGCUCGCCUACUACGUCUCUCCCAAGCUCGUCAAUUGAGGCCGCUACCCUUUCUGAGGUCUCGAGCGUUCAGGCACUCCACUUCUGAGCCUGAUGAAUGUAGGCUUCCUCCCAGAUCUCGAACAUGCAAUCCGCCUGAAGCAAGCUUUAGCGCCGCCCGAGUCCCGUCGGACGCUGUUCCAAAAGUCGAAUGCGCCGAGGAGCCCCUCGUAGACGGUCAAGAUCAGUCCGCAACAGCUGCAGACGCACCCGACCAGAGUACCGAAGAGCCUCUGAGAGGUGCUCAGUAUCAGCAUGAUGUAGUCGCAAGUCCACAAGCGCAAAUCUUCAAGGCGCCUUGCGUACACACUCAGCGCCAGCCCGCAGUAACCCCGGAUACAUCCGUCGAGAGCCCGGAGGAGCCUCUCGUAGACUUGCAGCGCCCGUCUGCACUAACUACGACUACACAAGUUGAAAGUUCCGAGGCACCUCCCGUACAUGACGAUCACCAGUCUGCAUCAGAAACGACUGAACCAAUGGAGAGCCCCGAGGCACCUCCCGCACAUUCUCAACGACAGCCCAUGGUCUCUGCCAGUCCGAAGUGCAGCAUCUCGCUACAAGAGGACGGUACUGUAGUGAGCUGGGGUAAUUUCUUCGGCGUACUUGAUCCGGCGGAUCCAGCAAGUCUUCGCCGCAAGUUGGCUCGAUUGGAGCGUCAGCUGGAGAAUCUAGUCUGUCCCAUCACGGCUUACUAUCGGCUGUGCGAAAGCUCAUUGCAGAAUUGUGAUCCUCAACAUCGAAUUCGUGGCAUGGGCUUGAUCAAUUAUCAAGCGCUAGCGGAGUCUCGCCGCCGUCGUCGAAGAGGCAGUCUCGUGCCUGCUCGAAGAGUCCGCUCGCUGCAACGUCUCCGACUUCUUACGCCAACGCUGCGUCGUCGUCGCCGCCGCUAAUUUGUCUUGCUGUCUUUAGCCUCUCAGUCAUGCCCAACAUGUGCUGCUCCUCCGCGGCUGUCUCCCUUGUUUUCUCUAAGGGCCCGAGCCCAGCUGAUCGACCGAAAAUUGCAAUUUUCUGGCUAAACAUGCGGGUCGGGCCUUUGGCGCUCUUGUUUGGACCCUCUGUCCUUGCCAUUCUGUCCUCGCUGUACAUCCCUUCCACGAGCUGACCCCUCCGAAAUCCAUGUUCUUUGCAUUUCACUGGAGUACCCUUAGACUUUGCAACUGCCG